UACAGAAACCUUUAUCAAAAAUAGAAUAUUAUGGCGAUAACCUUAACUUUUUAUAAUAAAUAUAAUACGUUAUAAUCAUUUAACAGUAGUAAAGCUAUUUAGUGACAAUGAGAAUAAUAAUUUUAUUUGUUGUCCUGUCUGUAGUUGGAACCUACGCUUUCACAGAGGAUGAGAAGACACAAAUUAGAAACAUUUGUUUAAACAGAAUUGGUAAGAAAGUCAAUUUAAAAGGAGAACUAGGUGAUAUAGGAUUUCCUGGUUCGCCAGGGCUGCCAGCACCUCCGGCACAUCCAGGAUUAAAAGGAGUAGAUGCUAAAAUUCCUAAAUACAUGAUUGGUGAGCCUGGUUUACCUGGUGUUCCAGGACUAAGAGGUGAUGAUGGUUCUCCUGGACUUUCAGGUCCUCCAGGACAAAAAGGCGAUUGUAACUGUUCCGGAGAUACUAGAAAUUAAGGUAGACAUUACUGACAAGGAUCUAAAAGACGCAAUAUUGUUCCCAGAGAAAGUUAUUGUACAAUAUUAAACAAUAAAUUUUGUUGACUACUUAAUAAUGACAUGGUUUCAUAUGGUUGUAAUAAAUAGCAUUUUAAUGUUUAUAUUUUA